AUGGCCAGUCUGAAUGCGUCCCUCUCCUUCUUCGUAGCCACCUGCGCCCUCUGUGAGAUGGCCAGGAAGGCGUCCAAGGCCCUGCUCCCGAUGGGCGCCUACACCAGCUUCGCCCGGGAGGUGGCAGGUGCGGCCCAACUGGCUGCCUGCUGUCUGGAGAUGAGGGUGCUGGCGGAGCUUGGGCCCUGGGCAGGAGGUGUGGGGCCCGACCUCCUGCUGACACUGCUCUUCCUGCUGUUCCUGGUGCACGGGGCCACCUUCGAUGGCGCCUCCGUGAACCCCACUGUGGCCCUGCAGGAGUUCCUCCUGGCUGAGGCCACACUGCCCAACACACUGCUGAAGCUGGCAGCCCAGGCACUGGGCAUGCAGGUGGCCAGCACCCUGAUGCGGCGCUGCUGGGCCUGGGAGCUCAGUGACCUGCACCUGCUGCAGAACCUCACGGCUGCACACUGCAAUUCCACUCUGCGCACAUCCGUGCUCCAGGGCGCGCUGGUGGAGGCCACCUGUGCCUUCUUCUUCCACCUGACCCUGCUCCACCUACGGCACAGCCUCCUCGUCUACAGAGCACUGGCCAUGGCUCUGCUGGUCACUGUCACAGCUUCUACAGCUGGGCCCUACACUUCUGCCUUCUUCAACCCCACGCUGGCUGCAUCCGUCACCUUCCACUGCUCGGGGCACAGCUUCCUGGAUUACGCCCAGGUGUACUGGCUGGGCCCCCUGACAGGGAUGGUCCUGGCUGUCCUGCUCCAUCAGGGCCACCUUCCUCGCCUUUUCCAGAGAAACCUGCUCUACAGGCAGAAGAGCAAGUACCGGAGCCCCAGAGGGAAGCUGGCUGCAGCUCCAGUGGACACCCAUAUGGCCACCCAGGGGUGA